AUGGCUGGCCUUCGCUCUAUCAGUCUCCUUGCCCUCGCGGCUAUGGCUAACGCCAGUCCUCAAUUCUUGCCCAUUCCCAUCCCGAACCCAUUCUUCAACCACCAGUCGUGCGCACAAGUCGGCUCGGGCACUCAAUCCGGUGCCUACUCCAUCAACUGCGGAGUCGACCGUAUCGGAGGUGAUUUGCUGAUUGCGCCGUUGGCCGCAUUGUCGUUCACUGAAUGCGAGUCUUUCUGCGGCAAAUACAGCAACUGUCAGGGCUUCGUUUACAAUGAGCUCAGCCAGCUGUGCAGCCUGAAGAGUGUUCUCAACCCGGAGAGCUUGGUGCCCUUCUCCAGCACCGGCAUCAUUCCCACCACGUCGAACGGUUACCUGUCAACCUGCGCUCAGCUCGGUGCGUCGUACAAGGGUUACAACAUCAAGUGUGGUCAGAGCUUCACUGGCGGAGACCUCUCCUCCGAGGAUAACAAGUCCUUCUCCAGCUGUGUCGACAAGUGCAGCUCUCUUCCUGCCUGCGUGGCUCUGGUCUUCCGUGGAGAUGAGAACCGUUGCUACUACAAGAAGGCCUUGGGCACUUCCUCUGCUGAUUCUCUGGGCUGCGUUGCUCAGAACCCCACUAAGCCGAUCCCUACUACCACGACGACUACACGCUCCACUACAACUUCCGCGCUUCUCCCAACCACAACUUCCAUGGCCCUUUCUACCACGAUUUCCGUUGCUCUUCCAACCACAACUUCGGUGGCUCUUCCUACCACGACCUCCGUAGCUGUUCCAACCACGAUUCCUGUGACUCUUCCAACUACGGUUUCUGUGUCUCUGAGCACAACCUCCUUGGCUCUCCCAACUACGGUUUCCGUGUCUCUCCCGAGCACAACUUCUGUGGCUCUUCCUACCACGACCUCCGUAGCUCUUCCAACCACAACUUCGGUGGCUCUCCCUACUACGACGUCCCUGGCGCUCCCAACUACGACGUCCGUGGCCGUCCCAACUACGACCUCUGUCGUCCUCCCAACCACGAUCAGCGUCACGACUCCGGUCGUGCCCACCACGAUCCCUGGAGCUCCCACGACCACCUCGGCUGUUGUCAUCCCCACUACGGCCUCGACAACUUCCUCCACCACUUCGGCCGGUCCUGCUGCAUCUCCAGGCUCCUGCCAGGCAUCCGGGAGCCAGCUUGGCGCCUACACGACUUACUGCAACACCGACUUCGGCGGCAACGAUCUCAGCAACGCGCAGGCUUCCAGCUUCGCCGCUUGCGGACCCAUCUGUGACCAGACUCCAGGAUGUAUGGGAUUCUCGUACGUUGGAGGCAACAACCCUGGCGUCUGCUACCUGAAGAGCUCCAAGGCUGCCGGUAACGGCACUCCCAAUGAUGGUGUCAGCUCUGGCUUCAAGAGCAUCGCAACUCCUGGUAGCUUGACCACCUCCUCUGCCGCUGCUGGUACUUCUCAGGCAUCCACAUCUGCAGCAGGCACGAACUCCGCCCCUGCUGGGACCACUUCUGCCGCUGCCGCCCCAAGCGGAGCUUGCGGUGCUGUUGGAUCUGGAAUCUUGUUCGGCAGCGGAUACACCGCUAGCUGCGCGACCGACUUCCCAGGCAGCUUCGACUCUGGCAACUCUCCCGCCAACAGCUUCGCUGCCUGCGCGCCUCUCUGUGAUGCUCGCUCUGACUGCAUUGGCUACUCUUAUGUCGGAGGCGUCAACCCUGGCGUCUGCUACUUCAAGUCGGCUAAGGGCACUGCGCAGUCAAACCCCAACGUCGACUCUGCAUUCAAGCCCAGCGUAUCCGUCAGCAGCAGCAUCUCUGCUUCUCUCACCAGCGUGUCCGUCAGCAGCAGCAUCUCUGCUUCUCUCACCAGCGCAUCGGUCAGCACAGUCACUGUCUCCGCCACCGCCAUCCCCAUCACCACCACGAUCUUCACCUCCGCCACGACACCCGCAGCGGCCGCCCCAUCCGGCGCUUGCACUGCCUUCGUCGGCAGCACCUUCGGCAGUGGCUACACCGCUGAAUGCCAGACUGACCGUGCCGGUGGCGAUAUCUCCAACGCGCAGGCUAGCUCUUUUGCCGGCUGUGCUCCUCUCUGCGACGCCAUCUCCGGCUGCAUUGGCUACUCCUUCGUUGGUGGUACUGGUGCCGGAAACUGUUACUUCAAGAACAACAAGCAGGGUGCCAGCUCCAACUCGAACGUCGAUGUUGCUUUCAAGCCAAGCGCUGGCUCUGGCACGACCACCACUGCCGCCACGACCACUACGCUUCCCGUCUCUUUGACCGUCACUUCUCGUCUUCCGGCCUCGACUUGCUUGUGCCGUGACGAGCUUUAA